GCAGUUGCGCGUCGUCGGGGCGGCCGGCAGCGGCGGCUCCGGGGCCCAGCAUGCGCGGGGGGCCCCGCGGCCACCAUGUAUGUGGGCUAUGUGCUGGACAAGGAUUCUCCCGUGUACCCCGGCCCCGCCAGGCCCGCGAGUCUCGGCCUGGGCCCGCAAGCCUACGGCCCCCCGGCCCCGCCCCCCGCGCCCCCGCAGUACCCCGACUUCGCCAGCUACUCUCACGUGGAGCCGGCCCCCGCGCCCCCUACGGCCUGGGGCGCGCCCUUCCCCGCGCCCAAGGACGACUGGACAGCCGCCUAUGGCCCCGGGCCUGCAGUCCCCGCGAUCCCCGCCGCCAGCCCAGCUCCUCUGGCAUUCGGGCCCCCUCCGGACUUUAGCCCGGUGCCCGCGCCCCCUGGGCCCGGGCCGGGCCUCCUGGCACAGCCCCUCGGCGGCCCGGGCUCACCGUCCUCGCCCGGAGCGCAGAGGCGGACGCCCUACGAGUGGAUGCGGCGCAGCGUGGUGGCCGGAGGCGGCGGUGGCAGCGGUAAGACUCGGACCAAAGACAAGUACCGCGUGGUCUACACCGACCACCAGCGCCUGGAGCUGGAGAAAGAGUUCCAUUACAGCCGUUACAUCACCAUCCGGAGGAAGUCAGAGCUCGCUGCCAAUCUGGGGCUUACUGAACGGCAGGUGAAGAUCUGGUUCCAAAACCGGCGGGCAAAGGAGCGCAAAGUGAACAAGAAGAAGCAGCAGCAGCAACAGCCCCCACAGCUGCCAGCAGCCCACGAUGUCGCCCCCACCCCAGCCGAGACAGCCCUGGGGGGCCUGUGCCCCAGCAACACCGGCCUCCUGGGCACCUCCUCCCCAAUGCCUGUCAAAGAGGAGUUUCUGCCAUAGCCCAGCCUUGCGGGCGGGGGGCCCUGGGGACUCGGGUGCUGGGAAUGUGGCUCCUGGGGGCAUCUGAGUCCUAGCCCUGCCACUGACCUUCUGGGUCACUGUGAACAAGUCACCCCCACCCCCACUGCAUCCCCUUGGCCGGUUUGUGCAGUGAGCCUGUUGGACAAGGACCUCUGCCAUCUCCUGCAUUCCAGGCCUCAGGCCGGGAGGUCUCAACCUCCUGGGGGCAUCUCAAGCCCCAGAGGGCUAGGGGAGAGGCCAAGACAGUGCCCCAGGCCCGCCUCCUCCUCAGUAGGUCCAAGGGGUGGGGUGGGAGGCUGCUGUAGGGACCCCCCUGGCCCUGGAGAAAGGGGAUGGAGCUGAGAGAAGAUGGAAUGCUUGCAGACCAUGACCGAGGAGGAAGGAAUGGUCAGCUCCCCAUCACCUUCCUGCAGUCUCACCUCUACCUGCCCCAUCGUAACGUGUCUGAACCCUUCCAGGCUAGGUGCUGGGCACACAGCACACAGCGCUGGGCUCUGAUGACUGCCCUGCUGGGUUGCAGAAUCUUGUCACCAGCGUUCUCAGCGAGGCCUCUAGAUUGAGAGGGAGGCCCCUGCAGGGGAGAAGGGGGCAGAGUUCACCCUGCCAGGUUUAUGCCACCCCGCUAGGCAGGCCAUCAGGGCCCGUGCCCUAGGGAGCCCCCAAAGGACUUUCUCUGGACCAAACAGAGCUCACAGCUGGAC